ACACAUUUAUAUAAACCUGCCGAGUUACAAACGCUUGCUUUCAGUUUCCGCGACACCACAGCACACAGACACCGGCAAAGAUGGAGUUUGCCUGCAGUCACGUUGUGUGUCACUGGAGGCCUGACGGAGCAGGUAUUCCUCUCAUCAAGCACCAGCAUGACGACAAAGGCACUGUACAGCAGCAGGAUGUUCCUCCGCCGCUGCCUCCUCGUCGUCUCCCCAGAAAACCCAGACCUUCCUCCCUUCCUCCUCCUCUUCCUCCCUCUUCCUCUCACCGUCCCCUCGCUCCUCUCUCCCUCCCCCCUCCCCUCCCACCCAGAGCUGAGAGCCGUCUGAGAGCCAACGUCAACGUGGUGUCGCUUAGUGUGGGGACACUGGUGGACGUCAGCCAAGCUUCAGGCCUGGAGAGUUUUCAGAGCCCAGUGCUUUGUGGGAAAUGUAGUGCUGCCUUAUCCUGCCUGAGUUCUAUGCAGAAAAAUGUGUGGGUGUGUGAGUUCUGCGGAUGUGAGAGUGCAGUGAGCGACAGAGUGUGUGUGGGUGACAGAGUGUGUGUGAGUCACAGAGUGUGUGUGGACGACAUCUACCUGCAGAACCACAGCGAGGACGACUACCAGAACCUGGAGGAAUCACUGGUGGUGUUCUGUGUGGACGUCUCCGGCAGCAUGAGCGUUACUGCUGAGGUAACAUCAAGCAGUGGAUCUCGAACAUACAUAUCCAGACUGGAGGGUAUGCAGGAUGCCCUGCAGGGGGCGCUGUCCUCCCUCCUGCAGGAGUCUCCCCGCAGGAGAGUGGCUCUGGUCACAUUCAACGAUGAGGUGGUGAUAUAUGGAGAUGGCACCAGCACUCCUCUGACUCUCAGGGAUUGGGCGCUGGUGGACUACGACCAUAUUUGGAAACAGGGCGUGGCUUACAGCAUCCCGCACUGUAUCGCUGAGACGCACCAGCAGCUGAUGCAGAGGGUCAAAGACCUCAGGGAACAUGGAGCUACGAGUCUCGGUCCUGCAGCGUUGGCCUCGGUUGCCAUGGCGUCAAGAUAUCCAGGGUCAAAGGUGGUUCUGUGUACUGACGGCAGAGCCAACAUUGGGCUGGGAGAGAUGGAGAAACCUCCCUCUCUCUCCUCUCUCUCCCCCUCCUCCCUCACCCCUUAUUUCUACAAACAGCUGGCUCAGCAGGCGGUGGAGAGCGGAGUCAUAAUAUCAGUGAUGACGUUUGAAGGGACUGAUUGUCGUUUGGCAGACGUUGGGAGGUUUGCAGACACAACUGGAGGAAGGGUGAACAUAGUGAGCAUCGGCACCGUGGCAACAGAGAUACAGUCGGCUUCCGUGGACAACAUUCUAGCAACGGGAGUCACGGCAACCCUUAUUGCUCCUGAUGGAGUGUAUUUUCCCUUUGAGGACGAACAGAAUCACACACUGGUGAGAGAGAUUGGAAACGUGACCAAAGGGCUGGAGGUCACCUUCCAGUUCGCUGUGAAACCACAGUUCAUGGAAGUUUUCCUUCAGAAGGACACACUUCCUUUCCAACUCCAGCUGAGUUUUAAGACCAGAGACCAGGAGAAAGUGACUCGUGUGAUCACUGAACAGAGACCUGUUGCUUCCUCCAGUGGGAUUUGGGCCGGGAGUCUCAACAUGGCGGUGCUCGGCGUUCACUCCGCUCAGCUCUGCGCCAGAUUAGCCAUGGAGGGACGAGUCCAGGAAGCUCAGAGACAACUGAAGGAUCAGCAACACCUGCUCAGACUCAUCAGUCAGCAGAGGCCUAUCCAAAAAGAAGAGAGUAUCUAUGGCAACUGGAUGGACACCAUGACAACAAUCUGUGACGACAUCACACCUGGAUCACAGACUCUCUCUGAUGAAGCAGCGAAGGUAAUGUACCAGAUGAAGAGAGCCAGCAGCGUCAGCAACAACAACAACAACAACAACAGCAGCAGCAGCAACACUAUUCAGAGGAAGGAAAAGGCCCUAAUGGAAGGAACGUAAAGACAUUUGGCAUCCAUAAAUAUGAAGAUUUCAUUUCAUUUUUAGCCAUAUUGGCUUCAUAGACUGUUUAUAAUAAGUGGAUGUAGCCACCAUGACAUCAGUACCAUUUUGAAGCCUCAAUUUUGGCAAUUUGGUCGUUGAGAUCUUGUUUUGUUUUUUUACCAGAAGUGACUCAGUACAGUAGAACUGAACGCUGAACAAGACUCAUAAGGCUACCAACAUUUUUUAUUAACUUUCAUGAACUGAAAACACGAAAAACACCCAAACUGGACGACAUAGUAGCUUGCUGUCAAUCAAUAGGUAGCCCUGGUCGUCUAUUUGGUGUUAAUCGUUAGACUUAAAGCUAAUGAUUAACACCGUAAACUCACAAGAAAAAUGUUCGAAGAGGUAAUAAAUCAAGUAAGAAGCAGGGUCAUUUUCUCAUAGACUUCAAUGGAGUCGAGUCGCCCCCUGCUGGCCAUUUGAAAUAAUGCAGGUUUAAUGUUUUUCCGCAUUUUAAGACAUGGAUGUUUUAAAACUAGGUUUGCUCACAACUGAAGGAAAAUGAUUUUCAGUUACUUUUAUUUAUUCAUAAAAUGUGUAUGCAUAUUCGAUACAGUAAAACAAUGUGUUUACCUUAAUAACCCUUCUGUUUAGUUGCUAGUUAGCUAGUUAUUGUAUCUCUGAAUGCAUGCUCACGUUUCAACGUUAGAUGUUGACAUUUUUAAGGAUUUGAUGUAUGUGUCGCUGUGUGAGUUGACUUCCAGACGCUUGCAAAGGAUGAUUAAUUGCAUGUGAGUAUUUACAAUCAUAGGUAUUAUGUUAUUGAAGGAGUCUGACCUGGCACAGUGACCUAGGAACAUUUCUUAGUGUGUUUUGCGUACUACAGUCUGUCGCUGAGGGCUGUUUCAGUAGUUUAUAGCCUUCAAAUAUGCCUUGUCAUUAACUGUUACCUUUUUGAAGGAGCUGUAGAUACUAAUGGUGCGUUCAGGCGGCCCUAGUAAACUCAGAAAGUUGCACAUUUUGUUCGGCACUACACAGUUUCAGAAGCACUGAAAAUGGCUAUGAAGCGGUACAUAUAACCAGUGCAUUUUGGUUAGUGAUGGAGACCAAAACAGAGCUUAAAGAGCGUGAGAAUUCGACUCUAAAUAUGUCAAUUAAAUAUGGGGAAUAUGGAGGCAAUAGUUCAUGGUUGCUCCAGCUUGAAUACAAUAUCACCACCAUCUGGAUAUCCAUAAAACACUUUUUCUUGCCACAUAACUCCAUAUUUGGCCUUUUUCUUUAAGUAUGUUUUGGCAAAACUAUAUUUUUCUGAUUAUAAAAGGUCAUCUAAUCUUCACCAACUUUCUGAUUCCCCACCAAAAAGUAAUAAAAGAAACGUUCAAGAUACUGUCAGCAUGGUUAGCAUAGCUUAGCAUAAAGACUGGAAACGGAUGAAAACAAGUAGUCUAAAGGUCACACAAUUAGUCUACUAGAUAGAUGGAAACAAGACUCAAACUAAACAGUGGUGUGGCUCCUUAACUGCUGGAUGUAUAAAUAAAUAAAGAAAACACUUGCUCAAUAAAUUCCCUAUCAACUUUG